AGACAGUGAGCCUCGUUUUCCUCGCAAGCCCGAUCUAUCUCCCCUUCUCCCACAGUCCACUCUCGCCUCUGCUUGUCCGCAUGGCGGCGGCGCAAGGCGAGCGGCCGCUGUACAAGGACGCGUCGGCGCCGGUGGAGGCUCGGGUCCGCGACCUGCUGGGCCGCAUGACGCUGCGGGAGAAGGCGGCCCAGAUGGCCCAGAUCGAGCGCACCGUCGUGUCGCCCCGCGCCCUCGCGGAGCUCGCCGCCGGCAGCGUCCUCAACGCCGGCGGCAGCGCGCCCCGCGACCGCGCCUCCCCGGCCGACUGGGCACGCAUGGUCGACGACAUGCAGCGCCUCGCCCUCUCCUCCCGCCUCGCCGUUCCCAUCCUCUACGGCACCGACGCCGUCCACGGCCACAACAACGUCUUCGGCGCCACCGUAUUCCCCCACAACGUCGGCCUCGGAGCCUCCAGGGAUGCGGAGCUCGUGCGGAAGAUCGGCGAGGCGACGGCGCUCGAGGUCCGCGCCACCGGCAUCCACUGGGCCUUUGCACCCUGCGUCGCCGUUUGUAGGGAUCCGAGGUGGGGGAGAUGCUACGAGAGCUACAGCGAGGACCCGGAGAUCGUGCGCUCGUUGACCACGAUUGUCACCGGCCUGCAGGGCCAGCCACCAGCAGACCACCCUCACGGUUACCCAUUCCUCGCUUCGGUUAGGGACAAUGUGCUUGCUUGUGCCAAGCAUUUCGUAGGGGAUGGUGGCACUGACAAGGGUAUCAACGAGGGGAAUGCCAUUUGCUCACCAGAAGAUUUGGAGAGGAUCCACACGAAACCAUACCCUGAUUGUAUAGCUCAAGGGGUGGCGACAGUCAUGGCAUCCUACUCUCAAUGGAAUGGGGAGCCGUUACAUGCCAGCCGUCAUUUGCUCACAGAUGUUCUAAAGGGCAAGUUAGGCUUCGAGGGGUUUGUGGUGUCAGACUGGGAGGGUAUUGACAGGCUUUGUGAGCCUCGAGGGUCUGAUUAUCGCUAUUGCGUCGCGCAAUCAGUUAAUGCUGGAAUGGAUAUGAUUAUGAUACCUCACAGAUUUGAGAAAUUCUUGGAAGAUCUUGUGUUCUUGGUGGAGACAGGGGAGAUAUCAAUGUCACGGAUUGAUGAUGCUGUUGAGAGGAUUCUAAGGGUUAAGUUCAUAUCUGGAGUGUUUGAGCAUCCAUUUUCAGAUCCGUCUCUACUAGAUGUAGUUGGUUGUAAGGAGCAUCGGCUGCUGGCACGUGAGGCUGUACGAAAGUCUUUGGUACUUCUGAAAAAUGGCAAGAAGCAGAGUGAAACUUUCCUUCCAUUGGCAAAAAAUGCAAAAAGAAUACUCGUUGCAGGGACACAUGCUGACAAUAUUGGAUAUCAGUGCGGUGGGUGGACAAUAGCUUGGCAUGGAGACAGUGGAAAGAUAACCCUUGGUACAAGUAUAUUGGAGGCCAUACAAGAAUCCGUCGGUGUGGAAACUGAAGUUGUGUAUGAAGAAUGCCCAACAGUGGCUAUUAUUGAAAGCGGAGAAUUUUCUUAUGCUAUUGUUGCGGUUGGUGAGGUUCCUUAUGCUGAAAGGUUGGGAGAUAGAACUGACCUUAGUAUCCCAUUUAAUGGUUCAGACCUGAUUACUCGUGUUGCUAGUAAAGUCCCUACUCUAGUGGUUGUUGUAUCUGGAAGGCCCUUGGUUAUUGAACCACAAGUUCUGGAGAAGAUAGAUGCUCUAGUUGCUGCCUGGCUACCUGGAAGUGAGGGCAUGGGAAUUACUGAUUGCCUCUUUGGAGAUCAUGAUUUCGUGGGUACAUUGCCUGUAUCGUGGUUUAGGUCUUCUGAUCAACUGCCUAUAAAUGUUGGAGAUGCUAACUAUGAUCCCUUGUUCCCUUUUGGAUAUGGGUUGAAAAUGUUCAGAAGUGAUGAAGGUUUAGCAUAACUUCAUCAUUGAUCUGGUUAUAAAUUUGAAUCAUUACAAUAAUGUUACAUAUAUGUUGUAAAAGAGAAAAAUGUCUUGCUGCAAAUAAUGGGUUGUGUAAAAGAGAAUUAAUGUCUUGUACUCUUGUUGCAAAUUAUGGUACUGGGUUAUGUAAAAGAGAAUUUAUGUCUUGUUCCAAAUUAUGGUGUAUGUAAGGUGUACACGCCCUAAUUUCUUAUAUUCUUAUAUAUGAGUUA